GAACAGCGAGUUGUUGACAUAAUCGUGAAAAACCGGCGAUCCGAGUUGUCUGGCGGAAAGUCGCCUGGCCACGGGGUCUGUUGCGGUUGCGUCCUCCUCUCUCGGCACUCGUGCAUUGUCUGUAAUCUCUCCUCCCGGACACAGACUUUCGGGCUCUGGAAGCCACCUUCCGACCCUCGAUCCAUCGAGUGGGGCCGGGAAGGGGGGGGGGGGGUAAGUACAUCUUCAACAUUGAAGAAAUGCGCAGGUGACACCAAGAGAUCGAGUAAUGGCAAUGAUGCAAGGAAACAUGCAUGCGAAUCCACUGCCUCCGCCGCUCUCCGACUCCAACAGCCGUAUAACGGAAGAUCCCAAUGUUCCCUCCCUGCGUGUUUAUCAAGUUUGGAAAGGAAACAAUAGAUUCUGCCUGGGAGGCAGACUUAUAUUUGGUCCAGACGUGAGGUCUAUAUUCCUGACGCUGUUUCUGAUUGUGACCCCAGUAAUCAUGUUUUGUGCUUUUGUAUCUCGGAGCCUCAUUAAUGAAUUCCAGCACCCUUUCGGCAAUCUUAUAGUAAUUAUAUGCGCUGUCGUCACUGUAUAUGUAAUAACUCUUCUCUUCCUUACUUCUGGAGGAGAUCCUGGCAUCAUUCCUCGAAAUCCACAUCCGCCAGAUCCUGAAGAUGAGGACAAUGGCUCAGGUAUCUCUGCUGAUGGAAGGGAAAGUAGCGCUCCAAGUUUACCACCUACAAAAGAUGUUAUGGUCAACGACAAGGUAGUAGUUAAAGUCAAAUAUUGUCAAACAUGUAUGCUGUAUCGCCCACCACGAUGCUCGCAUUGUUCUAUUUGCAAUAACUGUGUCGAGCGUUUUGAUCACCAUUGCCCAUGGGUGGGACAGUGUAUCGGGAAGAGGAACUACAGAUUCUUCUUCAUGUUUGUGUCCUCUACAACCAUGCUUUGCCUCUAUGUUUUUGCCUUUUGCUGGGUCAAUCUUGGGAAAAUAAUGGAUGCAUACCAUUGUAAUCUCUGGAGGGCUUUUCUCAAGUCCCCUGUUUCAGGAAUUCUGAUUUUAUAUACGUUCAUAGUUGUUUGGUUUGUUGGAGGUCUUACCGCAUUUCAUGCCUAUUUAAUUUUCACCAAUCAGACAACAUAUGAAAAUUUCCGGUACCGGUAUGAUGGGAAGAAGAAUCCUUAUAAUCGUGGGUGCUCUGGCAAUAUUCUGGAGAUCUUCUUUUCUAAAAUUCCCAGUUCUAACAUCUACUUCAGGGCAAAGGUCAAGGGGGAUUCAUCUACGUCCUUCACCACUUCAAUGCCACUGAGUCAUGCCAUGAGCCCAGAAAUGCCCAAGAGAAGCUUCGACAUGAAGUCUGGAAAACGACAAGCUGUUGCUGCUGAAGAUUUUGAAGAAAUACAGAGUCAGAUUGAGAGUGUUGGUGGAUUGGAGAGGUGUGGAACCCAGCCAAGAUAUGCAAACUGGGAUGACAGAGCGAGCUGGUAGAUCUCACCUGAUAUCCGGAUGUUGGCUGCCGACUUUAUAAUGGAACAUAGUUUGACAGACAAACAAAAUAUUCAUGGAAGGCACUACAGCUAGCUUUUGAUGCCUUACCCAUUGCGGUGAGGAUAGUAUUCUAAUCUUGAGCCAAGAUAAAAUCGUAACCUGGCAGAUUGAACUUGGAGAAGGAUGUCUCGCCAUGUCUUUUUUUCUUUCCACGGGAAGAAAAAUACUUGUUCAGUUAACAUUCGGAAAGGCGCAUGUACAUCAAACUGCUUUCGUGGAUACUUGGGGUGAGUGUUUUUCUACGAUGUAGCUGUUUUUCCCUGGGAGUUUGGUUGGGUGUUGGUAAAUCUUACUUUGUUGGAGUCAUCAUCUGUGAUGAAGUAAAACCAAAAGCAAUAUAAGCUCUAA